AGUUUUUCUUUUUAUUUAGGAGCACACACAAAGUGUAUUAGUGAGUUUUGGGGAAAACACUUGGCCAUUUGCUGGAGUAAUGUAUAUUUUUUUAAAGCAGAAAAGGGAAAAACAACUGUUGUAAACCUUGCAUUUGCAUGAAAGAGCUUUUCAAAUUAUUUUUCUCAAAGCCGUAUAGCGCCCCCUGCCGCCCGAGGUUUUUCAUCUUUUGUAGUCCAACUUCCCAAAAUGGCAGGAAAAAAACACAAGGGUAAAGAUGAAAAUAAGGAACUAAAUGAUGACACCAGGAGCCCAAUGUAUGCUGCCUUAGCUGUAGCAUUUGUUGCUGUUUUCAUUGGCGUGCCAAUAUGGUGGUUUUCAACAACAACAUACAGAGCCUUCCUUCCUUACCAAGAAAUACAGGAUUUGGCGAUGGCAAAGACAAACUGCCUCAUUCCGCUUACUAUCGUUUCGUGUUUAGCAUCAACAGAUGAGCAGGACCUAGAGAAAUUUAAGGCAGAGUUAAUGUUAUCGCUUCAGUCAGGUCAAGGUAUCAGAUUAAAGAUACAGUAUACAGUAGACUGGCAAACAUGUACUACACAAGAACAAAGUGUUUUCGAAUCAAGUACAUCGUUAACAGAACUUGAUAGCAGUAUAAACACAGUUAGAUCCGUACCUCAUGGCCACUCGGUGAUCUACAUUGUUCAUCAAGAUUAUAAACAUUUAUCAGCAGCAAAUAGCUUCAUCGGGAGAGGAAGGAUUGCAGUGGCAAAGAUGAAAGGUUUGGAUGUAGCUGAUUUGAUUAAGACUAGAUUAGUGAAUGAAGAUGCAUUGGGCAGAGCAUAUUUUAAUGCAGUCGGAGCUCGCUCUAAUCAAGCGGAUGCAGACAGUAUGAGAUCUCUUUUAUCUACACCUGGAUAUGAAUUAUCGUUCAGUUUACUCAACCCACAACCAGAAGUAUUGAAUGCCGAAUGGGAUAUAGCACAGGCAGUCAAAGCCUACCUGAAUCCUUUCCUCGGGAAGUUAUCAGAGUUUGCAGAAUUCACUGUAAAUUCCCAGGUACUCUACUUCACUGGUCUCUCAAUCAAACCCAAACACAACGGGGAAGAUGACAGCUACCGUGUAUCCCAGAAUGCAUUGCCUCUGGUCAUCAACCCGGUGGAAGCAAAGCUAGGAUCUCAUGUGUCGACCAACCCAAGUUUGAAUUUCCUUCUCUACAUUCCACGUCCGAGGCACUUACCUCUGUACAUCACGGAUAGCAAAGGUGAGCCAGUAAGCAGCAAUGCUUUCUUGAGUCCACGUUGGGGUGGUGUCUUGGUACAUAACGUUCCUAGACCAUCGGAGAAUGACACCUUACCACUGACUGUAGAGAUUGAUACCAAACAUUCCAUGGAGGUAUUCCUCGCUCAGCUUCGGCUGCUGAUUGGUGUACCUCAACAGGCUGCAUCGGACCAAACCCUAUUAGCUCCACCAGACAACACUGGAAUAACUAACUGGGAGUAUGAUGUUCUACUAAGAGGCAGAACCAUUGAGAAUCUAGCGACGUCAGCAACCACCCUCUUGUCACUUUCACAGUUACUUAAACAGAUUGAGAAUAUUGUCAUCAGAGAUGAUAUAGCAGAUCAGGUUUAUCAAGCCGUGUCAUCAAUCCAGGAGGGUCAUUCCUACCUAAGUGAAGGGAAUCUCUACAGAGCCUUCCAUGCCAGUAAGCGGGCCAUCGCAGCCUCGGAAAAAGCUUUCUUUGAUCCAUCAUUACUAGAGCUUCUCUACUUUCCUGAUGAUCAGAAAUUUGCCAUCUACAUUCCUUUAUUUCUACCCAUUGGAAUACCAGUUGCCACCUCAGUCUUGAAGGUUAUAAAAUGGAUGAGAGCCAAGAGAAAAGACAAACAAGAUUAAUCAUUUUAGGCAUAAGACACUGGACACUAUUGGUAAUUGUCAAAGACCAGUCUUCUCAGCCUUGUCACAUGAAGUUGUGUGCUGUCAUA